AUGGCUUCGUUAAUUUUAACAUUCUCAUUUAUCUCAUUUGCAUGUGCAAUGGUUUAUUCCAAACACUUCAUUGGCGAAGAUAAUUAUAGCAAUAAAUGUAUUAUCAAAGAUGGUAAAUGCCAUUUUACUAUCAAAGACGUAGACAACAAAUUAACAUUCUUUAUUCCUGUCAUGGCAGCAAAUGCUAGCGGAUCUCUUCGAAAAUUUUGUAAUGUUAGCGACAAAAUGACCUGUGCAUUACCUCUAUUCUUCAAUGGAUCACAAAAAAUCUAUAUAAAGCACGAAAAUACAAUUGUACGCACUUUAAACGCACAUUACACUCACGGCCAGUUUGAAUGCUUUGGACCUGAUACAUGGGAUCGUAGAUUAUGCAGAUUUGCAAACUUAUCCUUCGCACACGAUAAGUUUUUCUUCUUCCCUCCAUAUGAUAUCAAAUGGGCUUCUCCAAUCAUGAUUGCUUCCUGCCGUGCUCUCCCGAUUGCACCAUGGGAAGGAUCUGUAUACAUGAAUAACUACAAAGGACCUCCAUAUGAAAACCUUUCUUACCGUCCAGGAAAAUAUAUGUAUAAUCACCCUGGAUAUCUUACAUAUUCAUUGUGGCACGGUAUGAUUGAACAGACAAUACCUUUAUGGCAGACAUGGUACACAUAUAUGAAUCGAGAUCCAGAUACUGUUUGGCUUGUCAAACGCGGACUUCUUCAAAGUGUCAGAUAUUCAGAUAUAGCAAUGUUUAUGAGUCCUGCGGAAGUUCUUGAAGAAUGGGCCACUUACGAAGAAGUUUUUAUGGGAAUGACAAAAGUAAUUGACACAAAAUGGCACAUUCCGAAAGAAAGAGAGAAAAAUCCGCCUAAAUAUCAGUUAGAAUGGUUUAACUUCGAAAAUAUUACAGAUUGGAAAGUUCUCAAACAAUUAUUUUGGAAAAGAUACAAUCCUCCAACAUUUCCACAAAAUAAGCCAUUAGUUUUAUUCAUUAGGAGAGCUUCUAAGCGUAAAAUAGUCAACCAACAAGAAGCAUACGAGAGAUUAGUCAAAGAAUUCCCUCAAGUCAAUAUAACGCUCAUAGAACCAGAAUGGUACGAAUACGAAGAGCAAAUGGGUCUGUUCGAAGCUGCUGAUGUAGUUAUAGCAGCCCAUGGAAUGGCCCUUUGCCAAGUUCUUUGGAUGAAACCAGGAAAAAGUGUCAUUGAAAUUUUCCCAUACGGAAUUGAAGCGAGAGACUGGUACAAAUACCUUUCAUUACUCAAUGGACUUCAUCACCAGUACUAUGCCCCAACGUUCAACCGCUUUGAGGAAGAGAACAAGAAGGAUAAAAGGUUAUGGGAAUGUAUGCAAGAAGAACCACUCAAAUAUGACUGUUUGGACAAAACCCUUUUCACUGAUGCAUGGGUUGAUAUAGACCAACUCGUUGUAAUGACUAGAAAAGCAUUAAUAGAUGCAGGUGUGAAAUUAUAA